AUGCCUGCCGUCAACGCAGUCGAGCCCAUGCAACGGAGCCAGGACCUUAUUGAUAUGGAGAGAGAGAUGGCGUCUCUUCGAAGGCAGUUGGAAGAGGCGCAAAGGGAAGCUGGACAGGUCGCAUCUCUCCGGAGGCAGUUGGAAGAGGCCAAAAGAGAAGCGAAUCAGGCCGCUUCUCUUCGAAGGCAGUUGGAAGAGGCCAACCGGGGAGCUACUCGGACCGAAAAGCAGCUCGAGGAUAUGAAAGCGAAGUUGGCCAGCGAAACAAAAUCAGCGAACAACUACUGGGCGUGCAUGAAAAGGUUGCGGAAGAACAACGACGUGAUGACGGCGAUGCUGUCCAACUCAUCAAUGGACAUGGACGAUAGCUUCAAAUUAUGA